AUGCUAUCGCCUGAAGAUAUGAGGAUUCCUGGCACCGUCCAAUUGACCGAUGCUGAUGGUAGAAUCAACGUUAAACACGCCGGGAACACCGAUGUCAUCUUGAUCCCUACGCCGACUGAUGACCCAGAAGAUCCCUUGAAUUGGACGCCUCGCCAGAAAGCUUUGUCGACUUUCUGCACCCUGAGCACUAACCAAGCGUAUUGUCACAUGCUGAAACCGCGUGCUAACGAAAUGCAUCAGUCUCUGCCUUUCCGAGCCGAAGACAUUGGCUCCCUGCUGAGACCAGCAGAAUUAUUACAGCUUCGUGAAUCUGUCGCUGCAGGCGAAAGAGCACAACAGGAUCUAACGGAUGCGGAGAAUAGGUACAUUAAGGAUAUUGUGAGGCUCCAGCAGGAUCUUCGCUUUCAAGCUAUAACUGACGGUGAAUAUCGUCGACAGGUUUAUUGGGGAGACUUUUUCACCAAUCUAGACGGGCUCCAGGACGUCACAGUCAACGAGCAGUCCAUCCACAUUCUACGAGACUAUGUGCCUGAUUUCAAGCUGUUUACCGAUGCAGGCGCAAAGGGUGCCAAAACAACGUUGUGUUCGGGCAAGAUCAAGCACGUCCGUAGCACAUUUGUUGAAUCAUUCGAAUAUCUCAAGGGCCUGGUCCGGCCGGAACAGGUCAAGAACAUCAACAUGGCCAUGGGCUCACCUCACUGGUUUCAUUUUCGAUAUCGGCCGGGUUGUGCGUACCCUUCCGACGUCUACUCCUGUGAUACUGAAUACUACCACGAUGUCGCAGCAGCUUAUCAAGCGGAAUUGGAAGCAGUCUAUGCUGUGGGCAUGCGGAAUCUUCAGAUCGAUGAUCCAACUUUUGCGUUCGACGAAGUGAUCGACGAAUAUAUCGCACUGGUAAAUGAUUGUAUUAACCUGCUGCCUGCUGACGUUCAUGUCGGACUCCAUCUGUGCCGCGGCAACUUCAUGAGCAGGCACUGGGCCACUGGUGUUUACGAGCGAAUUGCAAAGAAGAUCUUCAAGCAGGCCAAGGUCGAUACAUUCCUUCUUGAAUUCGACACGGACCGGUCUGGCGGGCUCGAACCAUUGAUGGAAUUGCCUAGUAACAAACACCUUGUCCUGGGACUCGUAACGACCAAGUUUCCUCAGCUUGAGCAUUCCGAUGUGUUGAAGAGAAGAGUUUGGGAAGCUGCAAGGUUUAUGGCGGAAGGCAGUGGGCAGAAUGAAAUAAACGCCUUGAAGAGGAUCAGUCUCAGUCCUCAGUGUGGGGUUCGCCAGCGCGAGUAUUGGAAAUAA